AUGAGAGAGAAAAGGGGAAGAAAGCGAAAGGAGGAUCCGAAAACCCUAGAUCCCGUCGCUGAGGAUGAUGAUGAUGGGAAAGGCUUCUUCGCCUGUUACAUCUUGACCUCUCUUAGCCCUCGUCACAAGGGUCACACCUAUAUCGGGUUUACAGUUAACCCGAAGCGAAGGAUAAGGCAGCACAAUGGAGAGAUUACUAGCGGUGCAUGGAGGACUAAGAAGAAACGUCCAUGGGAAAUGGUUCUCUGUAUCUAUGGUUUCCCUACCAACGUCUCUGCCCUUCAGUUUGAGUGGGCGUGGCAACAUCCGAGAGAAUCGCUGGCUGUGAGAGAAGCUGCUGCUGCUUUCAAAUCUUUCUCUGGACUUGCAAGCAAGAUUAAGCUUGCAUACACAAUGCUAAAUCUUCCAUCUUGGAAUAGUUUAAACCUCACAGUCAAUUACUUCUCGACAAAAUAUGCACACCAUGGGGGUCUUUCUCCGAGUUUGCCUUUACACAUGAAAGCCCAAGUUUGUCCUAUGGAUGAUCUUCCGUGUUUUGCAAAACUAGACAACAAUUCUCAACUCGAAGAUGAAGAGAGUCCCGAGGGUAAUGCAGGGAAAGAGGAGGAGGAUGAUGAUGGUAGCAACCAAAGCCAGCCUGAGAAUUCAAGCGCAAGCUCAUCAAAUGACUUGUAUCCGGGUGAAAAAGAACUUCAAGACCGACAUUUUGAAAAAGCUAAAGAAACCGAAACUGUAUUCGAUGAUGAUGACAGGUUAGCAAAUUUCACUGGAUUUGGCUUACUAGAUGAGAGUGUUGAAGAUGAAGUUUCACAUAGUACUGAAGGAUCCGUUAAGGAAAAAGACUGUUGGAGAAGAAGCAACCUUAUUACAUCAACCUCUGAUGUCGAGGUAAUAGAUCUGAUGACUCCAUCACCGUCUUGCAGAGUUGGAUCAUCAGCAAUGAAAAGGCGAAGAGUUUCUGAGUUUAUAGAUUUGACAAUGUCUCCUAAUUUCAUAGAGUUGUAG